GUUUAGUCGCAGGGAGGCGCACAACUACGGAUUCCAAAUAGUUGCUAGCAAAUUUUUAGUGCUGUCCUCAAAUACUUUUGAAAAUCACUGUCAUACGAGAGCUAACAGUAGGGAUUUUUCUUGAUUAGUCUAACCCAGUAGAAACCGCAGUAUGGCCCUAAAGAUGACUCUCUUUUGUUCCCAUUUCCCAGCAGUGGCCGACUACGAGCUCGUUGAGAACAUGGGUUUGCAGUAUGCAGUGAGCAGUAUCAGUUCGCGAAUGGCGGCCACGACGUUGCACGACCAGCACGAAAUUCUUAAACCCCGAAGCUUGUCUUCCUGCGUUCCACAAGGUGAUGCAGGUUAUUUCGCGAGACAUGUUGCAGACCGGAGGGCAAUUUCUUCCUUCUAUCAGACAGUACCAGUAGCCACGGCUGCAUCCGAUGGACGAGGGGCACUAGCAGCUGGAGACUUUCUGCAAUCUUGUCAUGCUAGAAGAGCAAAGCUGCAUACUACAGGAGUAAAGCGUUCUUCUUCUUCAUCCUCAUCUUUUCUUCUCGUGGAAAAAAAGAAAUCUUUCCCUCUGGUGAAAAACAACAAGCCCUCAGCAUCAUCUUCCGCAACGUCUUUCAUCGAGAAGAAUCCCUAUCUUUCAGAGCCUGGCGCAAUCACAGGAGAAGACCUGCUUCGAGCUGAGGAGCCACCGCCAGCGCGCUCAAAAAUACCUCGUCCAUUAAGGCUCAGUUCUACAAGCUACUUUCUACACUCAAUUAUACAACUCCCCUUUUGUUACAAGCUACUUUCCUUCGGACUUCUCCGUAUUUCGAUUUCCUUUUUAGAAGGAUCGAUGGGGAGAUGAAAUUCUUGACAUAUGGGAAUGAAGUGAGUCUGAAUUGGUUUGUGAUCUUAGAGGCUCUAAGAUCCCCACCUAAAAAGGGUUGGAUUGAGGAUCCACGUGGCAUGUUCGUGGAUGAGCGGAAGCGGUCACCAACCUAUGGCCGUCGCUAUCGGAUUCCAGUAGCAAUCGACACUGAUGCGCUAGAGGAGGACUACUUGGACGCCAACGGUGUGGACAAAAAUCCGAGAAAGAAAGCGAAUUUAUGAAGUGUCUUUUGAACUACUAACUAGAUUUAAUUUAAUGAAGAAGAAGAUCGCCAAGGAGGACACCUUACCUCAAAAAUCAUGCGUAGAUGAAAAGGGUGCGUAAAAUAGAAAACCUACUGAUCAUGUUGUAGUUGUACUUGCAGCUACGACAAGAAGGCACUACGAAGUUGUGUACUACGUCGAGAAACAAGCUACUACAAGAAAUCGAUGAAAUGCUACCUUGAUGAAUCAGAAUAUCUUUCUUGUUUCGUAGUUACAUCAGAAGAAUAAAGCCGUCUCUAAGAAAACAACAGCGAGAGAUCUUCCACCCUGGAGCCACAUUAGCCGAAGACCCGUACACGGACGAAGAGAGUGGUCUGGUGAGGCGCGGGAAAAAGAACAAGGAGGACACAUUAUGGUUCACUACAAAUGCAGGUUCCAGAACCAGAAGUUCGUAUUGUUAUUUUACCUGUUGGUUGCUUCGCUAUCGACGCUUCUAGAUAAACUAGAGCAAGGACGCAUGCGCAACCGCAGUGUGUGUUAACAAAAUCUAAAUCAAAGAUCUUCUGAGCAGCUGUCCAAAAAUACUGAGGACAAGUAUUCCAUCCUCCUCUAAUACCAGGCUCGGGAAGGAGAACAACACGCAAUAACGCUCGUAACGGGAUGAACAAUACUGGCGAUGGAGAUGAGGAGAACGAUGGUCUUGCGGAUGAGGCAGAUGGCAGUGCUGCGCCAAGAAGAGGGUUUCUUUCUCAGGAUGCUUCCAGUGGAGGCAGUAGACGUGGAUGGUUUUUCCUACCUAAUGGUCCAGUUGACGACUACGGCCAAGUGCUGAAUCCGUUCUCCUUCGACGUCUUUUUAUGGUGCUACUACAUGUACAGGUACAAGUUGCUCAUAGUUCAUUUUGUUUUGAAGAUAGUUCUUUUUAUUGAUGUUAUCUUAUACUUCUACUUCUUCUUCUAAUUCUUCGAUAAAAAGAUCAAAGGAUUCAGGUGCUACUACAUGUACAGGUACAAGUUCUCAACUAAUCAAAAUCAUCAUCCAUUAAUAUCGAAACCUAAUAACUCACUCUCACUCACCAUCGAGACCUAGAGGACCUUUUUCUCUAAGACUUCGAAGUUACACCAAGCCCAAACCAGUGCCCAGCAUCGCCGAUCAGUACAAAGGACGCUCGGAUCGGUUGAUCCCAGCUUCCGGCGACGCAGCACCUGAACCGCAUCAAAUGGACGAUACUGGUCGUGGUAGGAGACAGAGGCGAUCCAAACAGGGGGCCCGUGGAGCAGGAGCCAACCAGAACUCUGGUGCUAGUCCUCAGAAAGACGGAGGUAAAGGAGCUUCACAGGGUAAAACUGGAGGAGACGAGUUUUCGGAAGACGGGUUUUCCACUAGCGUGGGUGAUGAUGAGGAGAAGCAAUGGGGUGUAGCGAAGCACUUCGAGAUGACUGUCGAUCCGACAGCGCCUGAGAAAGCGGAAGAGCCUUGUAGGCUAGCAGAUAGAUGUAACCCAAAUAAGAAGGUGGAGGAAUAGACGGAGGAGGGGCCGCUUUCUUAUUGGAGAACAUCUUCAAGCUAUGGUGAAAAAAGAUAUAAUGUAGCGGUCAGCAAGACUUCUUUGAAAUUGAAGCAGAGCACCAGAACUUUGUGGCUCUGGCCGUCUCUCUGCGAAGGUCGUGAAUAUUCAUAUUGGAAAAAUCUAAAGCUGUUGUAGGUGUAGACGUCUUAUCGAGCUAAAAAAUAGUGUGACUAGCCGAG